UGUGGCGGCGGCCAGUAAUGCCUGGGAAACUCCUCUGGGGGGACAUUAUGGAGCUGGAAGCACCAUUAGAAGAGUCCGAAAACCAGAAGAAGGAGCGGCAAAAGACUGAUAGAAGGAAGUCACGGCAUCAUUGUGACUCAGAUGAGAAAACAGAAACAAGAGAAAAUGGUGUUACAGAUGACCUGGAUGCUCCCAAGCCCAAAAAAGCUAAAAUGAAAGAGAAGCUAAAUGGAGACACUGAAGAAGGAUAUAAUAGACUUUCAGAUGAAUUCUCUUCAUCUCAUAAGUCAAGAAGAAAAGAUCUAUCAAAUGGAGAUAUUGAUGAGUAUGAAAAAAAAUCAAAGCGAGUAUCCUCCUUAGAGAGUUCUCAUAAAUCAAGUGAAAAUAAAGUAGAGGAGGUAUGGAUACUUUUAUUUUGCAUUUGACAUUAUUCUUUGAAAUACUAGUUGAUAUAAUGAUUUAGUAACUAGAAUUGAUUCUCUUGUAUUUCUUGCUUAGUGCAUGAUAUUCUUCAGUUGGACUAGAGAAUCAAUACAGCAGAAAUCAGAACCUUUUUUCCUUUGGCCUUGUUUCUUUUACUGCAUUAUCUUUUUCUUGGGGUAGAAGUAGGGGAAUG